AUGGCUGGAGGAAGGAACAGUACAAUAGUCAUCAGAUUCAUCCUUUUGGGAUUCUCAGAUUAUCCCAAGAUCAAGAUCGCUCUCUUUGUAGUAUUCUUGGGUUCUUACCUCUUGACAGUGGCUUGGAACCUGGGCCUCAUCAUCCUGAUUAGGAUGGACUCUCACCUACAUACACCCAUGUACUUCUUCCUCAGUAACUUAUCUUUCUUGGAUUUCUGCUAUGUUACCUCCACAACCCCGAAAAUGCUCUCAGACUUCUUCCAGGAGCCUAAAUCCAUCUCCUUUCUGGGAUGCACCAUGCAGUACUUCUUCUUCUCUAGUCUGGGUCUGACUGAGUGCUGUCUCCUGGCCGCCAUGGCUUAUGACCGAUAUGCUGCCAUUUGUAAUCCUCUACUCUACACCGCCAUCAUGUCACCCACCCUCUGUGUGCAGAUGAUGGUUGGAGCCUGUAUAACUGCUCUCUUUGGUUCACUGAUCCAAUUGUGUGCUUUACUUCAGCUCAGUUUUUGUGGGCCCAAUGUUAUCAACCACUUCUUCUGUGACCUGCCUCAAUUAUUAGUCCUAUCCUGCUCUGAAACCUCUUUCCUAAAAGUCAUGAAGUUUGUGAUAGCAGUGAUUUUUGGUGUAAUAUCUGUCUCAGUCAUCAUGAUAUCUUAUGGUUAUAUCAUUGCUGCCAUCCUGAAGACAAGCUCUGCUGAAGGCAGGUCCAAGGCCUUCAAUACCUGUACUUCUCACCUGACAGCAGUGAUCUGUUUUUUUGGAUCAGGACUCUUUGUCUAUAUGCACCCCAGCACUGAUAAUUCUCUGGACCAUGACAAGAUGGCAUCAGUCUUCUAUACAGUGGUGAUCCCCAUGUUGAAUCCUUUGAUUUACAGUCUGAGGAACAAGGAAAUCAAAGACGCCUUUAAGAGGUGUAAGAAGAGAGCUUUUUCCCAUUGUCAUAGUUAA